UCGUAAACAAACCUUAACCCACGGCGAAAAGCACAUUGAAAUUUGUUUAGUAGCAACCAAAGCUUAAACCCCAGAGGUAGCCGUCUGAGCAAUUUCUUUCUGAGAUUUUUCAGUAAAAAAUGGUGGUGAGGAUUCGAUUGGCGAGAUUCGGAUGCAAGAACAAGCCAUUUUAUCGUGUCAUGGCUGCUGAUAGCAGAUCCCCCAGAGAUGGCAAGCAUCUCGAAGUAUUAGGAUACUAUAAUCCUUUACCAGGUCAAGAUGGUGGCAAAAGGAUGGGCCUUAAUUUUGAAAGAGUGAAGUAUUGGUUAUCGGUUGGUGCUCAGCCUUCAGAUCCUGUCCAACGCAUUCUUUUCAGGGCAGGGUUACUGCCUCCACCACCUAUGGUGGCAAUGGGGCAUAAAGGUGGACCUCGUGACACACGUCCUAUUGAUUCUAUGACAGGGCGUAUCUUGAAUUCUGAGAAGCCAUUCAUUGCUGACCAAUCAAAAAGUGAUUCAAAUGAUAGUACAGAAGGAGCAGCUUCCCCAUGAAACUUUUCAUUCUGCAGCUAUAUUUGAUGGAAAAAGAGAAAGAGGUGGUUCCACAAAAUAGCUUUCAUUUAUGCAGAAACAGUCUUCAGCCUUUCUGUUCAAUUUCACAGGUUAUUUUCUUGGUAAACAACUAGACUUGCAGAACAUCAUAUUUGCAUAUGAUUUAUGCCCUUUUUUUUUUUAUUAAGUUGUGUUUAAUAUGCAUGGAAUUGCCACCUUCAGGGGGUUUAUUUUAAGCUUGAAAUCAAGUUCCGUGACUAUGAGAGACUAUGUAGAGAAGAUUGAGAUUUAGUGCAAUUCUUAGUUGUGCUAUCUUAGAUGAAAUAUUGUUGAACAUAAGUAACACCCUGAUGCAUUUAUUGGGAAGAAAUUGUACUCAAUUGAACAUAAGUAUGAGGUGGAAGACACAAGAUCAAAAGCCAAA